AUGGUGAGCAAGGAGGAGAUGCCCACGAUCGUCGCCGGGCAGGGUCCGUCCCCCCCGAACCCGAUGUUGGUGGAGAAGUUCCAGGGCGUCAUCUCGCAGCUCUUCACGCAGCGCAUCAUCCGCAUGGGCGGGCAGGUCGACGACGACAUGGCCAACCUGAUCGUGGCCCAGCUCCUGUACCUGGACUCCGCGGACCAGAAGAAGGACGUGACGCUCUACAUCAACUCCCCCGGUGGCUCCGUGACCGCCGGCAUGGCGAUCUUCGACACGAUGCGCCACGUGCGGCCAGACGUGUCGACGGUGUGCGUGGGCAUGGCCGCGUCGAUGGGCGCGUUCCUGCUCGCCUCGGGCCAGCAGGGCAAGCGGUACUCGCUGCCCAACUCGCGCAUCAUGAUCCACCAGCCGCUCGGCGGCGCGCAGGGGCAGGCCGCGGACAUCGAGAUCCAGGCGAACGAGAUCCUGCACCACAAGCUGGUCCUGAACGGGUACCUGAGCGAGUUCACGGGCCAGUCGAUGGAGCAGAUCACCAUCGACACGGACCGGGACUUCUUCAUGUCGUCGCAGGAGGCCGUCGAGUACGGCAUCGUCGACGCCGUCGUGACGCGGCCGCAGGUCAUGGCGUAG